GAAGCUGACAAACUGAAACAAUCAGUCAUUAUAAAAAGCUUUAACAGAAUGAGGCGUUUUUCCUGCAGCGGCGGAGCAGAGAAGCUCUGGGAGGUUUACAGCUUUACGGGUUUUGGAGACGUCUGGAAACAGGAGGAGGUCCCCGGCUGCGCAGAGGAGGCAGGACUUUCUGGCUCCGCGGUGCGCUCCCGACACCAGGUCCAUGAGAGGAGGAGGAGGAGGAGAAGCAGGUCGGGUUUUAACACCGCGCGGACACGCAGGUUCCAGUCCACUCUUCGCUCCGGGACGGUCUACAUCUCUCCAGCAUCCUUGCGCGAAGCGGAUCUGUGAGCGCAGACAGACCGAAACCUUUUUACGCACCGAUCCGACGGGAAGUUCAGAGCUGCAAGUGUCGCUCCAUCUGAGCGCAGGUCUCCUGUUCUGAUGUCAGCUUUCCUCUGGGUCGUCACGUGAGCGGGAUUUGGGGACUGAUUUUUGCUUCUCAGCACGGAGUCAGCCGCGGUGUCUCCUGCCUGCCGGCGCGUCUUUGUCAUUUUAAUGCGGCUGUAAUUAUCGUCGCUCUGCCUUCAGAACAAAGUGAGGAGUUUACCUCCGGGCUUCUGCACGUUUGAGAGGGAACAGACACGGCGUGGAUUUCAGUAAUUAAAACUUUUUGAUCCUGAAGGUUUUUUUUUUUUUUUUUUUUUUUUUUGAGAAUGUUGCUCCGCUGCUCGAAGUCCUCCUCCUGGUCCACCUGUAGGGUUUUCUUCUGCUUUUUGUGGUUCCUCCAAACGCCCCGGUCUUCCUCUCCGUUAAUUACAGGUACAGAAGCCAGCUGUGAGAAUGAAGGAGAAGUCCUCCACAUCCCCAACAUCACUGACAACCCCUGCAUCACCUGCGUCUGCCUGGCUGCUUGUUAGAUGGACGAUCAUAUAACAGCUCUGUGUCCUGGACCACGUCCACCAAACCCUGCAUCACCAGACGCUGUCAGGAAGGUGUGAUCACUGAGGCAGAGGUGCAGUGUGUCAUCCACUGCAAGAACCCAAAGAUUCACCCUAAAAAGUGCUGUCCCACCUGUCCAGGUUGUAUAUUUGAGGGUCACCUGUAUAAAGAAAAGGAGGAGUUCAGUCCGGAAGGCAAGCCCUGCAUCAAGUGCACGUGCACCGGAGGCCGGACGCUCUGCGUGAAGGAGGUGUGUCCUGUGCUGUCAUGCCCCGCCCACCUUACCCACACCCCACCUGGACAGUGCUGCCCCAGAUGUGUCGGUCAGAGGAAGGUCUUUGACCUCUCUUUAGGAAGUUGUCUCUUCCACAGCGACGUCUAUGAAAACGGCACUUCCUUCAGACUCAACAACUGUACCACCUGCACCUGCAAGGAUUCGACGGUGGUGUGUAAGAAGAGGUGCUCGCGGCCAGGCAGCUGUCAGGGCUCUCAGUGCUGCGAGGAGUGUCUGUCGUACGUGGAGGUGGAGGACGUGAUGUACUGCAGAGUCCGGAACAAGAUCUACAGGGAAGGGGACAUGUGGUCGUCUGUUAACUGUACUCUCUGUGCGUGCGUUAAAGGCAACGUCGAGUGUCGGCCCAAACAGUGUGUACCGAUCACCAGCUGCCCCUCGAACAAGAUCCUGAACAGAACCGGCUGCUGUCCAGUUUGCACUGAAAAACCAGGUGUGUGCACAGUCUUUGGCGACCCGCACUACAACACCUUCGAUGGCAGGACCUUCAACUUUCAGGGAACUUGUCAAUAUGUGCUGACACGUGACUGUGGUGGGAUUUCACCUGGAGAACCAGGAAACAACAUCAACAGCCCAGACUCCAGCUUCACGGUGUUAGUGAAGAAUGAUGCUCGGCGAACUCGCUCUUUCUCUUGGACUCAGUUUGUUGAGAUAAGGCUUGGGUCUCUGAUCCUCAGCCUUCACCAGCAUUUGACGAUCCGAAGGAACGGCACUCGCAUCGCCCUGCCCUACCACGGGCCUGGGGUGCACAUUGACCUGGAUGGAUACCUACUCAAGCUCACCACCAUUGCUGGUCUGGAGAUCACAUGGGAUGGUGACAGUUUUGUAGAAGUUGUAGCAGCUCCACACCUGCGUGGCCGUCUCUGCGGUCUUUGUGGGAACUACAAUGGGCACAAGCGCGACGACACCAUGGGAGGCGACGGCCAGUUCAAGUUUGACGUGGACGAGUUUGCAGAGUCUUGGCAAGUCGAAGGAAAUGAACUUUGCUCCCAGCAACAUCCACCUCGCAGGCCGACGUCCCUCCUGUGCCCUGGAAGUGUUAAAGUCAAACUCCGGGCCCACCGGGAAUGCCAGAAGAUAAAGUCGUGGGAGUUUCAGAAGUGCCAUCGUGUGGUUGACUUUGGUUCUUUCUACAAGUCGUGUGUGACAGACAUGUGUGAGUGUCCUGUCCAUAAAAACUGCUACUGUGAGUCCUUCAUUGCCUACAGCCGAGCCUGUGAGAGGGAGGGUGUGUCCGUCUUGUGGAAGCCUGACAACGUCUGUAUGGCUACCCAGUGUAAACACGACGCUGUGUAUGACACCUGCGGCCCAGGAUGCACCAAAACCUGUGACAACUGGAAUGAGAUUGGACCGUGUCAUAAGCCCUGUGUGGCCGGUUGCCACUGUCCUGCCAACCUGGUACUGUUUCAGGGACACUGCAUCAAACCCACGACCUGCCCUGGACGGUGACCCUUGUUUCUCAGGUGGAAGGGGAGCUAGGUUAGGGAUGGUCGUCUGUAGUGUUCAAAGUUGAGGGCGAACUAGCCAAGAAGUAAAGUGUUAAGGACACUAAAAGGUCUCAACUCUGCAGAUCAAAUGCACCAAGGUACUCAGGGUCCACGCUGUUGCAGAGAAACGUAUUGCAGCGGCUUCAGCCUCAGAGAUCUGAGCUAUGGUGACAGGCUGAAGGGAAACGGACGGGAAGCUGAUCGUCACCACAACAAUCAGCCUGCGAUGUCCUCGUGAUAUUUGUGAUGCCAAAUAUUGACAGUAGCAGUUUACAUCACGGGGGUGCUUUUAGUCUUGAGGAAAAACUGAAAUCUCAAGAGAAAACUCAGGGCCCCAUCUGAAGAUUGAAGACCUCGCAUAUCUAAGGAACAUUCAACUUGUUGCUAUGAACCUCCAGGAAAAGGUUUGGACCAGAGGACUCGUAUUAGAGCCAACAUGGUGCUCAGAUUAAUGUCAUUGUAGAGGAACUCUCUGAUGCAUCGAGCUGCUCGAUUGAUCUCUAUUCCAUCAUUUCAUACUGUAAGCUAAUCAGAUUUAUAUGAGAGACAGGAUAGCUUUUAUAUUAUUAUUAUUGCUCUAAUUAUUAUUUGUUGCAGAUGUUAAUUUAUAUAUCCCUCGUUGACAUGUUGUAGCAAGAGCCAGAAUCAUGAAUAUAAUUGUUUUAAAUGAUUUAAAGGGAAACAAAAGCUAUUUAUGUAUUUGUUGUGUAUGUUGUGUUACUGUUUGAAGUAAAAAUGCCCAAAUGUGACUCAGUUGUUGCACCAUUGCUGGUAAAAAGUACUGUAAUGUAUUAAUGCUCAAUGUACGUGUUGUUUUAGAGCGUGUUCAUGUAAACAUGUUUCACUUGAAGACAAUUAUUUAAAACUAGCAAUGUAAUCUGUUCCUGAAGUUUAUUUUUGACUGAAGUUUCUACUCUUUGAAGGGCUGAACAUUUUUUACUCCAGAUAAAACGUAAAAUAAAAAUAACGUAAUUGGAAGAAAGCAAGGGUCCAAUGAAAUGAAAUAAAAAAGCACAUGAAUGUGAAAAUGAGCAAGAAAAUUUAAAGAGACAAAAAAUAACUAAAAUGAACAUCAAAAGGUAUGAACGUUUUACAUUAUAGCAAUCAUCUGCCAAGUUCUAGCACUUUUAACAUUUCGUACGAAAAAA